GGAAUGGAGGCGAAGGAGCUGCAGGAGCGGCUGCGGGAGGCGGCGGCGCUGGGGGACGCCGAGGAGGUGCGGCGGCUGCUGGCGCUCGGCGUCAGCCCCAACGCGCAGAACGAAGUCAACGGGUGGACGUGCCUGCACUGGGCCUGCAAGCGGAACCACGCGGCUGUGGUGGCCCAGCUGCUGCUCUGCGGAGCAGAUAAGGAGAUCCUCAGCAGGAAGGGGGAGCGGCCGGCCCAGCUGACGUCCCACAAGGAGAUCCGCAGGAUGCUGGGAGUGGAAGAGGACGAACUCCCAGACGUAGCAACCAAUUCGGAGCUGCCCAUCAUCCCUAACUACCUGGCUAACCCACCUUUCCCGUACAUUUACAACUCCAUGAGCAGCAGCCUCCCGGAGCCCCCUGCCAACGGCAGCGCGUCCCACGGGGAACGGCAGAGCUCUGCCUCCUCCCUGCCGCCCUCUGCACAGCGGUGCGUGCGGCCGUCGGUGCGCUGUGAGGACGCGGCUCCCGCUGUGUGCGCCGGGUUGCGGUGCUCCGGGGCCGCAGCUCAGAGCGCGCUGCUCCAGGCGCCGUGGGGCGCAGCUCCUCCUUCCCCCGCCGGACCUCAGCAGCCUGGAGCUCCGCUGGGCAGCGGCUCCUGCACGGGGCCCGUGCCGACCUUCCAGCCCGUGUUCUUCACAGGAGCUUUUCCACUUAAUAUGCAAGAACUGGUGCUUAAAGUUAGAAUACAAAACCCUAGUCUUAAAGAAAAUGACUUCAUUGAAAUUGAGCUGGACAGACAAGAGCUGACCUAUAAGGAACUGCUCCGAGUGAGUUGCCGUGAGCUGGGUGUUAACCCUGAACAUGUACAGAAGAUCAGAAAAUUACCAAACACAAUGCUGAGAAAGGACAAAGAUGUGGCAAGGCUACAGGAUUUCCAAGAACUGGAACUUGUUCUGACAGUAAGCGACAAAAACUUCCCUUUCAGAGCCCCAGCACUUUCCGAACAGAGUGGUUAUAACAAGAAGGCAUCAGAACUGACCUAUUAAUCAUUUAAAGAAUAAAACAAACUAUUUCUAUCUCUCAUUUUAAAAUUACUUUUGAAAUACGGUAUCUAUAAGGGCUAAUGAUGCGAAGAAAAAAAAUCUAUUUUGUUAACUUUGAAAUAAACUGAAGCUGUUCUGCACUAAAGAUGGUAGCCUCUAGUUAAUGUGAAAUACUCAGUCUGAUGUGAGAGCAGCUCGUGCACGGGAAGUAUUGCUGAGAAGUCCCCAUUAGUGCCCCGUACAGACCAUCAUCCUGCAGUGGGGCAGCUCUCAGGGAAGGGCUUCCCUUAACCUGCACUGCCAGUCGGUGUGCUGGAACACAGCAGAGCUUCUUGUGUUAAAAAACCUUCCAUAAAACCCAUUUACUGUCUGUACUGAGUCUGUUACCAUUGCUGCUCACUUUCCACAGCGUUUGUCUGUAGUCAGCUCAAACCAGAAGGGUUCUAAAUCCGUGGAAGAAGCACAAAAAUGUCUUGUUUCAAUACUGUUAAGUAAUGUACUGCCUGUGAUUUCUUAAUACCUCUUUGCACCUUUCCCUAUUUCUCAGGUCAAAAACACAGUGGUAAUAAUCAUCCAAAUGAUAAAAAAAACACUCUUCUCCAAAACCACAGACCCAUUUUCUCACUGUCUUGUCAGGGGACGGCAUUGACACGUGCAAUUCAAAAUACUGUUUUUGUUACGUGCUGGAAGCGCGUUUGUCCAAUGCUGCUUUUCUUUCCCCUUUAAAAGCACAACAAUUGUAAUUUUAUUGUCCUUUUUUGCCUGCAUUCCUGAGAAAGGCCUGGAAACUUUAAGCUUGGCCAUGUCAGAAGAGAUCAGUGAAAGGCCCAGCGCUGAGCUCGCGCUGAGAUCAUGAUGUUCCUAUGCAAUGUGGCUUUCUUCCCCAGCAAGUUGUUCUUGCCUUUGUUGCUUACUGGAAGAAAAAACAAAACCAAAAAAACAUGUUCCUGUUCCAUGAAGUUCAGAAUCAGACUGCUUUGGUAUGAUGUUCUGGAAUAAAUAAAAUGAGAAGUAUUUAAGACGACAGCGAGCUGGAUUUUAUCUCUCUUUUUCGGAUGUUAAUAUUUACUUGGUUAUCUGCUUCUGGCGUAGAGUUCUGUUCUGGUAGCAUCACUGUAAAAACACAUACUGUGAAUUGGAUGAAGGAAGUGAAGCAGCAAUGUAGCAGGCAAACAACGUACGCAGCCGGACUGCGCUUCCCACUGCUGCUUUGUUCCCUGUCCCGUUCUCCUCGGGAACUGCAGCACCCACAGCACCUCACCUUCCUGCAUCCGGAGGUGGCAGCCCGCCAUAGCUGUGACUGCACACAGCCCUGGGGCUGACAGCAGCCGUGCGCUGGCACGGAAUCGCCCAAACCAGCGGGAGGAGCCGAGGUGCAAAGUGCAUCCCGGACUUCCUCACCACUCUUCCCACCUGAGAUGCUUCCUCUGGCUGCAGUCUGUUGUUCGCCUCCCUCUGCGAGAUGGGGACAGGAGGAGGCACAGCUCCCAGCCGUGCUGGAGCCCUUCCAGCCCUGCACAACAGAUGUGGUUUGGUACGGGCUCUCCACGUGGCAGCUCAGCAGAUCGGGGCACAGACUGUGCAGGUGAGCAGCCGGAGCUCCUGGAGUGAAGCCCAGCUGCAGGGCUGGGGCCGCGUGGAGAUAACUAUGCAUUCAGAGAAUAUUUUUAUACAGCGUGCAGUUCAUGCAUAGAAGAUAUUGUAACUCUCGACUUCAUCUGACCAUUUACAACCGUGACAUUGUGUGUAUGAUAAAUAAGUUGUUACUCUCUGCAUUGCUGUGUGAAAUGUUAAUUUCAAACGAAUGCUUGGCUGCAGAUUCCUGUUUCGAUUUCAGAAGUAUCAUUUGUAACAAUUAAUAAACGGUUAUUUUUGUCUUCUCAAA